AUGGUUUGCGCACGAAAAUUUGCGACUGAUAUCACGUUGCUUUCGUUUCGUCUAGAUGAACCAGAAGAGGUAACCGUUGUCAAGAAGGCGCUAUUGGAACAUCUGGAUAUGGACUCAAAGGUCACUUUGGGUGUAUUGUGUGAUCAGCUCGUGCCAAUAGAUGAGCCUAUGGACGAAGAGGAGAAAGCCAUCCGUGAUAGACUGGGAUCGCUCGUGCUUGCUUUUAUUGCAGGUGAAGCAAAACGAGCUAUCAUUGAGCGGCAUGCGAGCAGAGCUGGGAACGAGCAGGAGCAGGUGCUCAUCGAUGGUCUCGUCAAGGCCCUCUCCAGACCAUCAAUAGCAGAUGCUUCAAGAAUAGUCAGGGACAUCCUCCUCUCCCUUCCCUCAUUCAAGGGACGAUUCACCCCUAGAGGUGAUGAACUAUUACAAACACUACUUAGCCAAGCCCGAGUGGCCCAAAAGGACGACCUUGGUAGUUUGAAACAGUCAGCAUCAGUCAAGCUGAGCAGUCCUUAUCUGAAAUUGGCGGAUUUUGUGGUGAAAAAGGGCGUCGCUGACCCAAUUCACCUCCUUCGUUUUUAUUUCGUCAACUUCAUCCCUAAAAUGAUAUGGCAGCGAUUCUCGGAAGCUGCUCAGUUGUUUGUCAUCAUUCAUCUAGCAGAAUCACUUUCAGAGUGUACAAAAUACAUCUCAGACUUGCAGCCAGCCCAACUGGAGUCGGUAAAGGCUCUGCAACGACAAGUCGCUGAUGCAUCGUCGAUUCUUCUGCCGGCUCUUGUUCAGUCAAAACCGUCUGAUGUACGAGCAUGGAAUGCAUGUGCGGUCAUACUUCGCGCAUGCUUGGAGCGACAAACAACAACGGGGUGGCACGUGCCGUCUAAUUUGGCACGAAUACUGGAAGAUCUCAGCCGUCUGGCCCAAACACAAGGCAGCGACGCGAAUGUGGGCGGAUUGGAGGGCGUCAUCAGGUCUCUUCUGCAGCCUCCGACUUCUGCUUCGAUACCUCCGAAGCUGGAUACUGACGUCGCCUCAGCCGAGCCUUCGAGCAGGGUUGCAUCCAUUCCUAACAAGCGAAAGGCUGACGACACGCAGGGACCAUUACCAAUGUCAUCUAGUCGAGGGUUGCUGAUUCAAGGCCAUGCGUCCCGGCAACCCCAAACGUGGUCAUUUGGUUCUGUUGAACAUCCACGCGCUCAACCGAUAUCGACUCCUGUCCAAGCCUCAACUCAUGUGUCAAAUUUUCAACAUCCAUUGAAGCGAUCGAAGACGGAGGAUGCCACUGAAACAGCAAGGCCUUCCUUACUCUCUCGUAUGAAUCCAGCUGCCACCUCAGCGACUGGAAAUCUUCCUAGAAAACCUGCUGCUCAUCCGCCAUCAUCGCUACAAUAUCCGCCGUCGUCGCUACAAUAUCUGCCAUCACCGCUACAAUCGGCACCGGCGAGCGCUCCUUUCUUGGGAAUCAGUAUCAAAGGUGCUGCAAAAGCUGCAGCGAACAGCAGUCGAUCAUCCACACCUCCUAAGUUGUCAUCGCUGCUGGACCGAAUGAAGGAUAAGGACCUGUCCGAGAGGAUAGAUGAGGGAGAAGCGGGACGAAAAAGGAAGUGGAAAGGAAAAGUAUAG